UGAGGCUGCCAUUUUGUCGCAUCCAUCUCUGUCUCUCUGGUCCGUGGUCACCUUACUGAGGCUGACCUGCAGGAGGCGACCGCGCAUGCGCGAGCGGGUCCCCUUUAAACUCGCCCCCUCCCUCUCCCAGCGAGGGGCUGUAACACAGCACUGACAGUCAUCUGAUGAAACACGGGUCCGCGGCGCAGCCAAUCAGCGAAGACACGAAGGACUGGCUGACACCAACCAUGACACCUAUGGGCAAAACAAUCCGUAAACAACUAUUAACCGGACCCACGAUUGGCUAUUAAUACCUCGCGGUUUGUGUAAACGCGGCUCUGAUUGGUGCAGCCGGGACGGGACGCGCGCAGGGGAGGGGGUGAGAGAGAGAGCGAGGAAAAAAAAAAAAAAAAACAAAGAUGGCAGUGAAGAACCAGGGAUGAACUAUCGGAAAGAAAAGAAGAGACGCGAGCAAAAAAAGAGCAGCUUGCAAGGCUUCGAACGGAGACCGGACUGUGCGCGCGUGUGCGUGUGCGCGUGACUGUGAGUGUGCGUGUCGGUGUGCGCGUGUGUUUGGCAGGGGGAGAGGACGUCGCACUGCCUGUCACAGCCGAAUAACGGAGAGUCACCAGCUGGAGCGAGAUCCAACCACAAGACUCGUGCUGUCGGUGCGGUGGUCCCACGCGCGUUCCUGUUGCGUGGAGCUCAGGUACGCCUUCACAUCUGUAUGCACUUCAUUUCACAUCUGCACCCCGUCUCGUCUCAAAGGUGGUGUUUACUUCCCCCCUUCCAUCAGGGACUCGCUCACAUAUGAACCGGACCUUGUUAUUAUUAUUAUUAUUGUUGUUGUUGUUAUUAAGGAGGAGUUUAUACUCGGCUUGACGUGUCACGGACUGAACAGUAAUAAUAAUAAUAAUAAUAAUAGAGUAAAUAAUAAGAGGGACUCCUGCGGAUGUCUGCGAUGGAAGAGCGAGGCGAGGUGGCGGCCGCUCCAGGCUCCUCCUCAGCCGGUUUAGGGGUCGGGCCGGAGGCCGUGGCCCCAGGUGCGGGUUUAUCCGGGAUUCAGGAAGAAUCAGGCAUGCGGAGAGAAGGUUCCGUUUCCGGUUCUGGUCCGGAACCUGAUCCGGAUGCGCCGCCCAAAAAGCGCGUGAGACUGCAGGAGGGUGAAGCGGGGAAGCUGGAGGAGCGCCUCUACUCUGUCCUGUGCUGCACCGUGUGCCUGGACCUCCCUAAAGCCUCGGUUUAUCAGUGUACAAACGGGCAUCUGAUGUGCGCUGGCUGCUUCAUCCACCUGCUGGCGGACGCACGGCUAAAGGAAGAGCAGGCCACGUGCCCGAACUGCCGCUGUGAGAUUAGCAAGAGCCUGUGCUGCAGGAACUUGGCAGUAGAGAAAGCUGUGAGCGAACUGCCCUCGGACUGCAGCUACUGCCUGAAACAGUUCCCCCGUUCCGGCCUGGAUCACCACCAGUCAGAAGAAUGCCAGGACAGGCUUACGCAAUGUAAAUACAAGCGGAUCGGCUGUCCGUGGCAGGGGCCGUUCCACGAGCUAACUGCCCACGAGGUCGACUGCUGCCACCCGUCUAAGACUGGCAUCGAGCUGAUGGGCAUCCUGGAGGAGAUGGAUCAGAGCCAUCGCCGAGAGCUGCAGCUCUAUAACAGCAUCUUCAGCCUGCUGAGCUUCGAGAAGAUCGGUUUCACAGAGGUGCAGUUUCGGCCGUACCGCACAGACGACUUCAUCACCCGGCUGUACUACGAGACGCCACGCUUCACCGUGCUCAACCAGACGUGGGUGCUGAAGGCCCGCGUCAAUGACUCGGAGCGCAACCCCAACCUCUCCUGUAAGCGCACGCUCUCCUUCCAGUUGAUCUUAAAGAGCAAAGUGAACUCGACGCUGGAGUGCUCCUUCCUGCUGCUCAAGGGCCCGUAUGACGACGUGAAGAUCAAGCCCGUCAUCCAGCACCACGUCUUCUCCAACGACGCCAACGAGACCGAGUACGUGCCACUCCCAAUCAGCGACAGUGUCGAGUGCAACAAGCUGCUGGCUGCCAAAAACAUCAACCUGCGCCUCUUCAUCUUUCAGAUCCAGAAAUAGGUGAAGAACACAGAGGGAGCGGAGGAAGCGAAGGGAGGCAGGGAAGGAGAGAAAGGGUGAAGAAGAAAUGACACUGAACCACACAUACCUCGACAAGAACAAGGACGAGAGAACAAGCUAUUUCGAGACGGCCUAUACAACCCGCAGUCGCCUGUGUUUGUUUGUUUGUUUGUUUGUUUGUUUGUCUGUCUGUAUGUGUGUGCGCCUGUAUGUGGUUAAUUGAAAUGUUUGUUUUUUUUCCCGAUACAAAAUCAGUCUCUGUUCAUCACCGCUCCGAAGGUUUAAAAAAAAAAAAAAUUGGGACUCGACCCCAAUUCAUACUGUACGUAUGGAAGUGUGUGCAUGCACCAAAGUAUGAAUGAGACACCCUGAAACAAAGCACUACAGACAAGACAAGACAAGUCAACUAUCUCAGCAUGAGAGUGUGAAUGUGAGUGUUUGUGUGUGUAUAGAUUCUCUUGUGACUGUGAGACAGACAGGCCUGUUGGGGACGUGAUCCACGAAGCACUGGAUUGAAUGUUUUUUUAGCAGCCUGCAGUUUAGGCAGUGUUACUUCAGACAUCCUGUGGUACUGUAUGUGUGUGUCCCCCUGCAGUGGUUCUCUCCUGCUCAGAACCCUCCUCUCUCAAGGCUUACACGCGCACACACACACACACACACACACACACACAUGCACACACACACAGACACGCGCACAAAAUCUCAGCAGAAAAAAAAGAAGAAAAAAAAACUGGGCUGCACCUGCUUUAAAUGUAUUUUUGUAAGUGAAGGGAGACAUUUUACUUGAGGUACAGCAGGUCAGGCAGCCGGAACGAAAUGGCCGCUGACCUCUGAACACACAAGCGUGGAGUUUGCAUGUUUUUAGUUUCUUCUCGGCGUGUGUCCGUGGGGAGCGAACCUGUUUAUCCCAGUAGCAUUCUAGUCUCGUAAAACUAACUUAAGUUUGUUUUAUUUUUUAACACAAUUAUAUUAUUUAAGAAACCUGUGAAGCUUAGCUUUAUAUCUUAUUUAGAGUUUGAUUUUCAUUUUCAUGUUUUUCCUCUCUUACUUCGCUCACACACACACACACACACAGAUCCCCGUACGCCACCAGCUAAUCCGUCGCCAUCACUUUUCACAAACUGAGACGCAUUACACUUAGCAACAAAGAAUCUACUCGCCAUAGAAACAGAUUGCCCCCGACCUACUCCCACACACUCACACGCAUCAGAGAGCCAGACAGGGUCUAAUCACAUCCCUGCCAUGUUGUACUCGACUGUAACUGAUCCGUUUUUGACAUACUUGAAUUCUUUCAGUGGGGGGUGGGGGAUAAGCGAAGCUGAUCUCGACGGCGUGUCCGAUAUCGAAGAGUCUAGUUUGAACCUGUUUCUGUAUCAAAAAAGCUUUUAAUUCUCACAUUACACUCUGCCUGUAUUUGUGCCUUUCUAUUAAAGCUCAUCGAAACAGAAA